AUGACAGAAAAACUCUUGCUGGUUUCACUUGUCAGUCGAAGAAUUAAAGCUUCAUGUGGCCUGUGGUUCUUGCCCCAUCCUCCGCCUAUUUUGAGGCUGCAAACUUCAGCAGUUAAUAUGGAUCCAUGGAAAGGCACUGCAAGGGCUGAAUUAGUAGAGACAGAAGGAACUAGCCACCUUGCUCGUUUAAUCUCCUUCAGAUAUGUUUCAUGUCUAAUGUCUGAAUUAACUCCUGCAGUUGAGAUUCCUGAAAGCAUUAUCAGCUCUACUGCAGGUCAAAUUAGAUUUCCUCAAAAAUCUGUAGCAAUAGCUAUCCAGAUGAAACUUACAAGACAAAAUCACACCACCGUGACCGAGUUUGUUCUGAUGGGAUUCUCCAAUGCUCCCAAACUUCAGACUUUUCUUUUUGCAACAUUCUUAGUCAUUUACAUGACAAUCUUGAUGGGAAAUAGCUUAAUCAUUUUAAUAACCACAACCAAUCGAGCUCUCCACACCCCUAUGUAUUUUUUCCUUAGGAAUUUGUCCUUCUUAGAAGUGGGUUACACUUCCGUGACUCUCCCCAGAAUGCUGGCAAACCUUUGGACACAAACUAGAACGAUUCCUUUGGCAGCCUGUGCUGCCCAGAUGUAUUUCUUUCUUACGUUUGGAGCCACAGAGUGCUUCCUCCUGGCUGUGAUGGCCUACGAUCGUUACGUGGCCAUUUAUAACCCCCUACAGUAUUCAAUAAUCAUGGAUGACAAAACAUGUCUCCUGAUGACAGCUGGUUCCUGGAUCGGUGGCAUUCCAGUCCAGAUAGGGCAGACGUAUCAGAUAUUCUCCCUGCCCUUCUGCGAUUCCAACAAGCUGAACCAUUUUUUCUGUGAUAUUGCACCAGUUCUCAAACUGGCCUGUGGGGACACAGCUAUGAAUGAACUCUCAGUCUAUGCCGUAGCCCUGCUCUUUGGGACAGCCCCAUUAGUCUUGAUACUCAUAUCCUACAUCAAAAUCAUCUCCACCAUCCUGAAGUUACCCUCAGCCACGGGGAGGCACAAGGCCUUCUCCACCUGUUCUUCCCACCUUAUAGUUGUCACCUUGUUCUUUGGAUCAGGUAUCGUCACGUAUCUAUGGCCCCAGUCAAGCCAUUCAGCAGAUGUCGAUAAAUUUCUGGCUUUGUUUUACACAACUGUAAUCCCAAUGUUUAACCCCAUAAUUUACAGUCUGAGAAACAAGGAGGUGACUGUUGCCCUGAAAAAAUUUCUAUUACAACAAUUUUAA